AUGAAGAGAAAACAACCACCAAAGACCGUAUCAAUCCCCGUUGGAAUGACAAAGACGGUGGACAUCGUCUUCGAGAACGGCAUAAUCAGGUCCGUCACAAAGCACGAGUCCAACACUGAACUACCCAGAGACAUUGUCUCAUACAACGUCAACGGGAGGUUCGUCACCCCAGGUCUCGUGGAUAUUCAUUCCCAUCAUCUCGAGCUGCCCUUCUCCUCAGUCUCGGCAACUCAAGACGUGAACGAGAAACCAGGUCUCGGCCCCAUCACACCCUUCGUGAGAGCAAUCGACGGUUUCAAACCCUAUGAUCCGGCGAUCAAAAUCAUCGCAUCAGGCGGCGUCACUUCAUCGCUCAACCUCCCCGGGUCCGGCAACAUCAUCGGCGGUCAGGGGUACUUGGUCAAGAACCUGCCUUUCCCAGGCGAGAAUGGGGAACCGGUCGUGGAAGAGCUUCUCCUGGAACACGGGAUUCCGGAGGAGAAGCGUCAGCGAUACUUGAAGAUGGCUUGCGGCGAGAAUCCAAAACAUUUGUACGGUCACACCCGCCUCGGAAACGUCUGGCUUCUGCGACAGCACCUCGAGAAGGCGCAGAAGCUGAAGAACAAGCAAGAGGCUUGGUGCCGAAACGCUCACGACGUUGAUGCCUCACGGUUCAGACAACGUCAAAUUGCAAAUUUCAUCGAGGAAAAGGGUGAGAUUCCCGAGGACUUGGAACUUGAAGCCACUGUCGCGCUACUCAGAGAAGACUUCAAUGUCAACAUUCACUGCUACGAGCCGGAAGACUUUGAGAGGAUGCUAGCUGUCUUGCAUGAGUUUGGCGUUCACCCCCAGGCCUUUCAUCACGCGCUGGAGGCCUGGCAAGUCCCGGAAUUUCUGAAGCAACAGGAGAGGAAUAUCACCAUUGCUACCUUUGCGGAGAACGCAUUGUUCAAACACGAGGCUUACGGAGCAAACCUAAGAGGUCCACAGAUCUUGGACGACCAUGGUAUCCGGGUUGUUUUGAAAUCGGACCAUACUGGAGAAAGCAACCAUGCCAAGUAUCUCGUAUACCAAGCCGCGGUCUCUCACUCCUUCGGCUUAUCAGAGAGCAAAGCCCUGCAGUCCGUGACAUCUGCCGCCGCGAAAUCCAUCCAACAAGCCCACCGCAUCGGGUUCGUUCGCCCGGGGUACGAUGCCGACCUGGUCGUUUGGGAUUCACACCCACUUCAAGUUGGUGCCACGACUAUCCAAGUCUUCGUGGAUGGUCGAGAGGUGCUCGAUGCUGAUGACUCUGUCGCAAAGCUGGAGACAUCAGCUGCACCGUCGGACUUGGCCGUACCGAGUUCAAAGCUCUCGAUCACACAAGAAGAACAGGCAGCGGUCUGCGGAAAGGCCACUCAACCUGGAACCAAGAUCGUCUUCAGUGGUAUUAAGCAGGUCCUUCUGGAAAACUCGCCACUCGAUGAUGAGCAUGGUGAAGGCAAUGAUGGACUAGUCAUGGUCAUGGACAACGGGGAGAUAGUCUGUCUCGAUAUUGCCUCCAAGUGCGUGUCCUCCCACAACGAAGACACCACGUUCGAAAUCAACUUCAAAAAUGGCUACGUCACGCCCGGUCUGGUCGCGUUUGGCAACAACAUCGGCAUCCUUGACAUCUCCUCGGAGCCCUCAACAGGCGACGGCUCGCCCGGCCGCAAGGGCAGCGCGCUGAAUGAGCAGAAGGACUUGCACUAUGCCAAGUACGGCGUCCAUUUCGGCGGGAGAGGCUUCGGUCGAGCUCGCGUUGGCGGUGUUACCAGAGCUAUCACUGCCCCGAUAUUUGGAGGAGGAGCCCUUCGGGGAGUCAGUGUUGGUCUGCGGACCAGCGAGAAUGCUACCGUGCUUGGCGGCGGUAUCUGGAAGGACGAAGUUGCUUUGCACUUUGCCAUCGGCCAGGAAGCCAAGGGCGAUGAUACGCCGACCAUAUCGUCUGGCAUCGAGCGUCUGCGUCAGGUUCUCGAGGAAGGCCAGCAGACGAGCAAGCAGGACAGCGUCUACGCACGCGCUGCUAGCGGCACCCUGCCUUUAGUCAUAUACACUGUGAAUGAGGAUGACAUCUCUCAAGUAAUCCUCCUCAAGCGCGACUUUCCAUCCGUAAACUUUGUAAUCUAUGGUGGACAUGCGGCCCCUUUGGUCGCGAAGGAGCUCGCAGAAGCAAAGAUCCCCGUCAUUCUCACCGGCAAUCGCGGCGCACCCGACAAAUGGGAGAAGAAGUCCGUCUUCGCCGGACCCCCCUUGAGCCCCAGCCCUGCCCAAGUCUUGAUCGAUGCCGGCGUACUCGUAGCCCUUGCAGUCCGUGGUGACUCGAAGGUGCAUGGGCUUGCGCAGGAGGCUCAGUGGGCAGUCAAGUUUGCUGGUCUGAGUGAGAAAGAGGCGAUCAAGCUGGUGUCGACGAACUUUGACAAGAUUCUUGGAUUUGACCUGGAGGAUAAGGGUGGAGUCAAAGAGAACAUAUAUGGUGGUGACUUCGUCGUCUGGGAAGGUAACCCGCUUCGCGGAGAGGGAAGUGUUGUGGUGAGCGUGCAGGAUGAUGGAAAGAUUGGGGAUUGCUGGCCUGAUCAUGAGGGUGCUGUUCUUUGA